CUAUGGACGUGUUCGAUGAUUGGCUGGGUAGGACAACCUCAGGAAAGUUCGAGAGGAGGGCGGAGCAAAGCAUGCGAGCGGCAGGCAGGCAGCCGCUGCUGUGUUGACCGGGCUGAGUGCGUGUCGCGCCUGCGCCCCCUCCCGCUGCCGGACAAGGAGCUGAACGGCAGCGCGCGCCCGAGAGAGUGUGGUCACCUCACCAGCCCGGAUAUGGAGGAGCUACAGAAAGACUUGGAAGAGGUGAAAGAGCUUCUGAAAAAAGCAUCAAGAAAGAGAGUUCAUGAUGUCCUGCUGGCAGAAAAGAAUAAGAUAGAGAAAGAAAUCAAGAAUCAGCCUCCACCCAAACUAAAAACAGAGACAUCUGAAGAAGAACGACCACCACCCACAGGAUACACAGUAAAAAUCAACAAUUACGCUUGGGAUCAGUCAGAUAAAUUUGUGAAAAUCUACAUCACUUUAAGUGGAGUGCAGCAUCUCCCCUCUGAAAAUGUACAGGUGCAUUUCACAGAAAGAUCAUUUGACCUGUUAGUGAAGAACUUGAAUAGCAAGAACUACAGCAUGACAUUCAACAAUCUUCUGAAACCCAUCUCUGUGGAAAGCAGCUCACGGAAGAUCAAAAAUGAUAUGGUCCUGAUAUUAUGUAGGAAGAAGCAAGAGGGAAAAUGGGAGUGCCUAACACAGGUUGAAAAAGAAACUAAGGAGAAAGAGAAAGCUUCAUAUGAUACAUCUGAUCCCAGUGAGGGGUUGAUGAAUCUCCUGAAAAAGAUGUAUGCAGAAGGAGAUGAUGAAAUGAAGAGAUCCAUUAACAAAGCCUGGGUUGAGAGCAGAGAGAAGCAAGCCAGAGAAGAUUUGCCAAUAGAUAUGUGAACAAAUGCUCAAGACACGUCUUGGUGUGGAUUUUUUAUAUGGGGGCUUUUGCUCUGCUGCUGCAAUGAGAAUACGUUCUUCCAAACAAAGACAGAGCAAGUUCUGCAUUUCAGUUUGAACAAGUGAAAUGAAACAUGCUAUAAUGCCUUUCCUUCCAGUGUGUUGCCCCACUUCCUUAAAGCUUUGGGCUGUCAUUGUUUUUGUGAAAUAAUUAAAUUAGCUUGGAUGUUA